AUGAUCGUGGCCGCGUUGUUAAUAAGUGCCUUCGCUCUCGCGACCGCGCAUGUUUACGAGCGAUGUGAGCUUGCACGCGAUCUUUUAAAAUUGGGUAUAAAUAAAGACGAUGUGGCUACGUGGGUGUGUAUCGCUUUUCAUGAGUCUAGGUUCGAUACCGCGGCGCGAAACCCGCAUAGUGGCGACCAUGGAUUGUUGCAAAUUAGUGAACUGUACUGGUGCGGGCCGGGAAAAGCAUGUGGUGUACCGUGUUCGGCUUUCCGUGAUGAAGACAUUUAUGAUGAUGUACAGUGUGCGUUGAGAAUCCACGAAGAGCACACUCGGCUGCAAGGCAACGGAUUUUUAGCUUGGGUAGUAUAUCCACAUCACUGUAAGCAUAAUGCAAAGAAAUAUAUAGUAGACUGUGAUUCUACUAAAACUAUUUCGAAAUAUAAUGAUGCCGCACGCUUCAUUAAAACUUUUGAAAAGAAUACUACAGCUCCUCCUUUGGUAACGUAUUCUUAUACGGAUAAUAAAAAACCAGGAUUCUUAGUAAUUAAUGAUUUAUAUAAGGAAAGUAAUAUAAAUGAAUUUGAACGUAGUUAUUACAACAAUGACAAGAAACCUUUUAACUGGUUGAACUUCAAGAUAGAUAACAUUGAUGAACUCAAACUUCCUGCUGUUGGAAAAAUUCAAUUUGGGCAAUUCACUACUCCACGACCUGUAACUACGACAAUUGAUCCUUCUUUAAUAGGUAUAAAGCCUCCGUCUCCUAGAAAAAUAGAAUCCAAUCAGUUUCGUCGUAGGAUGAUGACAUUUGAUGGAUCAAAAAGAUUUGAUUAUAAUUUUGAUGCGCCAGCUAAAUCAACGAAGGCGCUAAGCAGUGACAUUGAUUUUUUAUCUCAAAAUAUCUUCUUAACCCGAGCAAGGGCAUUAUCAACAUUUAAUUUAGAUUACUUAGAAAAUGCAAGUAGGAAAUCUACAACAACCGUAGCUCCAAAGACAACAAAAUAUAUGUCAGCCAAAACAACGUAUGUGCCAAAUAUUGACAGUAAUUUUCUAUCUCAAAAUAUAUUUCUAAAUCGAGCAAGAGCAUUAUCACAACUUAAUUUGGACUACAUAGAGAAUACAACAAAGAAACCAACCACAGCAGUAUCUCCAAAGGCUACAAAACAUGCACCAGCUAAAUCAACGAACUUGCCAAGUAAUGAUAGUGAUAUAUCUCAAAACAUAUUUUUAAAUAGAGCAAGAGCAUUAUCUCAGCUUAAUUUAGAUUACAUAGAAAAUAUAAAACCAAAAACAACUACGACCGUGGCUCCAAAAACAACAACGACCGUAGCUCCAAAAACAACAACGACCGUAGCUCCAAAAACAACAAAACAAUAUAUUUCAACAACUCAAAAAUCAAUGAUUGAACGCUUCACAGUAGCACCAAAUAAUAGACGUGGCCAAACUAGAUUUACAAGUCAGUUUACUAAUUUAGAUCACAAAACAAAAAUCGGAGGUGCAACAAUCAACGGUUCAAUUAUAAGAAAUAUUUCUAUGGAUCAAUCCGAAGUUAAAGUAAAUACAUCAAAAGUGACUACAACAAGUUCACUAAGAAGUUUGUUUAAGUUUCAAACAAUUACGCCAAAACCACUAAUAACAAGCAUCUCAGUAAGUACUACCGAAAAAUAUGAAAUUUCAGACAAAUCUCAAGCCACAAGUCAAACAAAUUUACCGAAAACUUCGUCACGAUUUGCCGGGAAUUCUCAAACAACACCAAAAUCUACAACGAGGUCAACUUGGCCAACAGUGACCAACUCUUCUUCUUAUUCGUUUAAAACGCUAAGCACUACAGAAAAACCUAUUUCUUCUACGUCAAAAAUAUCAACCCUUGAACAAAAAGGAACUUCAACUCCCCCAAAACCUACUUCUAGUACAGAAAAGGUAUCUCAAACAUCAUCUACAACACCAGCUGCUGUAUCUACAGUAAAAACUACUCAAUCAAUAUUCGAUUUAUAUUUAAACCCCACACGAGCAACCAUUACGCCAUUUAAAUUUUCAUCUUUCAAUAACAAUCCGUUCAAACUCAGAAUAUUUUCGGGAGGCACAACAACACCCAGUUCAGUUUUCAAAAAUCAA